AAUGGUAUCAUUCGUCUAUUCUUUUCAAUAACGUUACAUACAAACCCACUCAGCAAUCAUGAGCGGAAGAGGCAAAGGUAAAGCGAAGGGAAUCAAAUCCAAAACCAGGUCGUCCCGUGCCGGACUCCAGUUUCCCGUCGGACGUAUCCAUCGUCUGUUGAGGAAGGGAAACUACGCCGAACGUGUCGGCGCCGGUGCCCCGGUGUACUUGGCUGCCGUCAUGGAAUACUUGGCCGCUGAAGUUCUGGAAUUGGCUGGUAACGCUGCCCGUGACAACAAGAAGACUCGUAUCAUCCCCAGACAUCUGCAAUUGGCAAUCAGAAACGAUGAGGAGUUGAACAAACUGUUGUCCGGAGUGACCAUCGCCCAAGGCGGUGUGUUGCCCAACAUUCAAGCCGUCCUUUUGCCCAAGAAAACGGAAAAGAAGGUUUAAUCUGUCUCUCACAUCAGCAUCAAUCUCUCUCUCUAAAAAGGCCCUUUUUA